AUGUCUUCAAUGUUGUCACCCGUCGAUUUAAUGCCUAGCGGGAUCGAGCACGGAAAUAUCACUCUUGUGGCUAUUACCUCAGUUUUCACAUUUCUCUCAACGGUUGCGGUCAUUUUACGAUUCAUCUCUCGAAGAAUAUCAGUGUCAGUGAAAUGGGACGACUGGUUCAGCCUGAUAGCCCUCCUACUCGCAUACGGAUGCUUAGUCGUCACAGUCCUGGACGCUACUAUUGCUCACGGUGGAUACAACAUCGAAUAUUACAGCGCAGCGACAUUAGAGAAGUUUCUCAAGAUCACACUAGCCGAGAAUGUAUUAUACGCCGCGAGCAUCUCUUUUUCGAAAGCAGCAGUCCUUCUCCUGUACCAUCGCAUUUUCAACAUAAAAAAGUCCUUUCGCAUUGCUUCGUGGAUUGUCGGCUUCCUGGUUGCUGGCUACUUCAUUACCGGUGAAUGCCUGUUGAUCUUUGCAUACAACCCAAUUGAGGCACAAUGGAAACCCUGGCUGCCAAACUCGGCCAACUUUAAUAUAAUCGCAACGUGGUAUGUCAUGAGUAGUAUCAACAUGGUGGUGGAUUUUCUUAUUCUCUGUCUCCCACAACCGGUUGUGUGGAGACUGAAGAUGAGCCGCAAAAAGAAGAUACUUCUCUCUGGACUUUUUUGCUUCGGCAUCCUUAUCUGUAUUGCGGACAUGAUGCAUAUUGUUUGUGUUGUCACACAGGUUGACAUCAAUAACCCCACAGCCACCGAAGGUACCACUGGCAUCUGGGAAAAUGUUGAGGUUAAUUUGAGUGUCAUCGUGACUUGCCUUCCAACAUUCCCAAGUCUGAUCAGCCACUGGCGGAAAGGCCCUCGUAGUGGGUCAGGCUCAUAUGAUAACGAAUAUAAAAAGUCGCUAAAUAACGGUGACUUCCCUCGCAUGGGCAAUUCUACAACGUUUUCAUACGGCUCCGGAAGGGAACAGAACUCUAUGGAUAAAGUAUCCUAUGGCUCAAGCUACAACAUGGAUCACAUGGGGCCAGUCCAUGUGCAAACAGAUGUAAGGGUGAAAUGGGAUGGACAAUCUCAUCAUUCCUUGGGCUCAAUGGUUUGA